UGUUUUGAGCUUCCCCGUUUCCUACUUCCUCCAGCAUGGCACCGUGUUACCCAAUCAAGGAGGACAAACACAUUACUAUUGGACCAUUUUCUCCGAUAACAGAGCACGAAUAUUGGGAAUAAUUCGCAAAUGCUUGCAACGAAAUUUAUUCGCUUGUGCGCCUCGUGCGGCCGCUUAAGCUCCAGUAUCAACCCAAACACGAAAGGAGGGAUGCCGGUUGCAAUGCGAUUGCCUGGUCAAGGAUCCACACGUCGCCUCUCCGCUAUGCCUUCCUCCAUCUCACCUCGACGACACUGUCACGGUGGUUUAGAUGAUAUACACCAGAAUGCAUCCGUUCAAAGAUAUAUACGACAGCUCGUGGACGAAUACGGAGAUGUCACAAAGAAGUUACAGUACACGUUUUUAAGCGACUCUGAAAGGAAAGAACUAAAUCACAGACAGACGGAACUGUUGCCGGUGGAAAAGGCAUCCAGAUGCACAGUAAAUGCUUUGAAAGAGCUCGAGGAGAUUACAUCUCUGAUUCAGAGUGCGCACGGGGCCGGAGGGGAGGAGCGGGAAAUGAUCCCGCUCCUGGCAGAGGAGCACGCGCUCACCUCCCAGAGAAUACACACCCUCAAACGAAACCUGAUCCAGACCCUGGUGCCCCGGGACCCUCAUGAUGACAGCAGCUCCCUGCUGGAGGUGGUGUCAGGGCGGACCACAGGAGGAGACAUCUGCCAGCAGUUCACUAAAGAGAUGUUCGAGAUGUACCAAGGCCUCGCCAGGUACCGCAACUGGGAGUUUGAUGUUCUUAACUACACGCCUGCGGACUACGGUGGGCUGCACCAUGCGUCCGUGCGUGUGGCGGGGGAGGGCGUGUACCGCCGCCUGAAGAUGGAGGGGGGAACUCACCGGGUGCAGAGAAUCCCUGAGGUGGGCCUGUCCUCCCGGAUGCAGCGCAUUCACACAGGAACCAUGACCGUCAUCGUGCUGCCUCAGCCCAGCCAGCUGGAUGUGGUCAUCGACCCGAGGGAUCUGCGCAUCGACACGUUCCGGUCAAAGGGCCCGGGGGGUCAGAGCGUCAACACGACAGACAGCGCUGUCCGCAUUGUCCACCUGCCCACAGGCGUGGCGGUGGAGUGCCAGCAGACACGCUCCCAGCUGCAGAACCGCAGCAGGGCCAUGCGCCUGCUGCAGGCCCGGCUGUACCAGGGCAUGCUGGGUAAGGAGGCAGAGCAGAGGCACACUGCCAGGAAGCUACAGGUGGGUUCUCGCUCCCAGUCAGAGAGGAUCAGAACCUACAACUUCAGCCAGGACCGUGUGACAGACCACCGGUCAGGACACCAGAGCCGCGACAUCAAGGAGUUCAUGCGCGGUGGGGAGGCCUUGGACGAGCUGAUCUCAGACCUGCUGCAGCACGGAGAGAAGGAGGCCCUGCUGGAGCUGGUGGAGAGCUGCAGCCAGAGGCCCUCUGAACCCAGGCCCACUACACAGGAGGGUGACUAGCCUAGCCAGAGGCCCUCUGAACCCAGGCCCACUACACAGGAGGGUGACUAGCCUAGCCAGAGGCCCUCUGAACCCAGGCCCACUACACAGGAGGGUGACUAGCCUAGCCAGAGGCCCUCUGAACCCAGGCCCACUACACAGGAGGGUGACUAGCCUAGCCAGAGGCCCUCUGAACCCAGGCCCACUACACAGGAGGGUGACUAGCCUAGCCAGAGGCCCUCUGAACCCAGGCCCACUACACAGGAGGGUGAC